AUGUGUGUGGAGUCGCCCUCGGAGUCGCCCUCGGAGUCGCCCUCGGAGUCGCCCUCGAACGCGCCUCCCGCUCCACGCCCUCGGAGUCACCCUCGGAGUCGCCCUCGGAGUCGCCCUCGCACGCGCCUCCCGCUCCACGCCCUCGGAGUCACCCUCGGAGUCGCCCUCGGAGUCGCCCUCGCACGCGCCUCCCGCUCCACGCCCUCGGAGUCACCCUCGGAGUCGCCCUCGGAGUCGCCCUCGCACGCGCCUCCCGCUCCACGCCCUCGGAAUGGCGAUGCUACCCUUGAUGGUCAUCGUGGCGAUUCUCCUGGCCUGGAAGUUGCUCCUUCCUCACCUGCGACGGACGCGGCAGAGGGAGCGUCAAUCCCUCACUGCGACGCCCGAACCUAG